UGCAACACAACCGAACCCUGAGUAUAGCUCAUCCUUGCCUCUCGCUCAGCUCAACUUCCGCGCUAUCCACGUGAUAACCACUACUUCUCGGAACAUCCCCUCCUUCUGCCAGCCUUGGAAUUAGAAGUAUCUUCAGGUACUUUCUACAGUCACCCAAAUUGCCAGAAGCCUCUUGUCUUUGCUGGCCCGGAUAUUCAGCCUUUAAUCUAAUCCUUUCGUCGCUUGACGCCAUAACCGUUUACCGCGAAACGUCAUUGUCCUGAAACACACCCCUAUCGACCACUGUCGCCAGAAAUGGCCGGCGUUCACCAGCCACGAAGCCAAUCCCCACGACCAGAAAACGGGCGGUUAGAACGACGCCCCUCAAACUCGGCCUACGGUUCAUCCCCCCAUGCGCACCACAGGCAAACGUCGAUCGUAAACGGUGUGCCGCACAGAUCCGCCGGCGUCCAUUCUCGCUCGGGCUCGUUCGUCAACUCUCCCGCGACGUCGCCGCUGUCCCCCGCCACCCAAGAUUCGAUACACAUGUCGCAGGUCCCGUCGACCCCAAUAACAAUGAUGAAUAUCGCCAGCGUCAGCAACGGCGAUGGCAGAGCACAGAUACACCUCCCCCAGAUACCCUCGUCGCCAGUUACCGCGCCCUCGACGCCCUCAGCUAUCGGAGCACGGCCAGGAACAUCAUCAGGAGCGGGGGUCGGCAAUAAUAUGGGCGCACAACCGACAGAGCGGCCCGGGUUGUUUCCGCAACAUACUACGCCGGCGGUAAUGCAGAUACAGCAGCCUCCGCGGCGGCAUCACCACUCGCAUUCGCACCACCAUUCCAAGAGCCGAGAGGAGGAGUGUAAGACCCCCGCCGAGUACGCGCUACACAUACUAUUCACCAAUUUCGUGCGGCUGGCAGAACGCAAAGUCAACAGCUGUCUCCCGCCGAACCAUCCUCUCGAGAAAGAGCCCGAUGUCGAGAGCAUAUGCGGGCCUGGCGUGGAUCCGGCGUUCGACAAGCUCAUAGGCUCUUUGGGGUAUAUUGCUAGGCACAAACCGAAGCCCGUCAUCGAUAGCCUUAUGAUCUGGCGCAAGAGUAAGAGCGACGCGGCAGCACAUCAACGACAGGAGUCGGCGGCGCAAGCUCGAUACGCUUUACCGAGGAGAAAUACGGAGCCUAACGGGCCGAUGGAUGGAAACCCGGCGGCGCGAGAAGGCUCAUUGGUGGCGGACAGACGGACAACGGUUGCAAUAUACAUACUUUGUCGGGUAUUAAUCGAAGUAAUUGGGCAGACGACCCUAGAUCGCGUUACAGAGGAUAUGGCGAAGCUGGAGCACAUCAUCUUCAACCAACUAAAGUCCGCAGAUCCAGACGUUCUGGCGAGCUCCCCACUGAGAUUGGCCAAUUGGACUUUGUUUGGUCAACUUUUGGGCGUGAUGAGCAGCAUAGACUUUGAGCGAGUGACGGAUCGCUUCUUUGUCGAUCUCGAGGAGUGUGACAAUGCGGGAGCAGCAACCAACGAAGCCAAGGUAGCAUUAGUCGUGAAGGGAAUGAGCUACAUCAAGUUGAAGUUCUAUCCGGAAAACGUGCUUGAGGAGUCUGCAGAAUUCAUGGUAUCACUGGCCAAAUUUUUUGCGAAGGCGCCGGGUCCGACUGUAAGGACCGCAUACUGCGAGAUCUUCACCAAGCUCCUUCUACCGGUCGCAGCUUCGGCUACUACGGAACUCAACCAUCCGACUUGGAUGGAGUUUGUAAAUCUCUUGCAUCCUAGGCUGAACGAAAUGAUGUCCAAGCCACGGCUUUGGCACACUGCAUUUCCAGUGAUGGGAACCUUGCUGUGUGUCAGCCCGUACGAAGUCUUCACUCAGUGUUGGAUGCCUCUCGUUGAAACUCAUCUUCCAAAACUACGAGAUAAGGACAGAUCAAUGAGGGUUCCGAUUGUGCAGACCUUGGCGCGCUUGGUGUGGACGUAUCUUUUUAGAUGCUCCGAAAAUCUCAACGUCAUGACCAAGAAGCUGGAAGACGUCAUAAACAUCCUCCUGAAGAAGGAGAAGAAGGAGAAGCCUCUUGUUACGGCGGAGAAACAGGUGGUCGAGCCCUGCAUACAGCUUAUCAGAUUCAUUGGGUUCAAGCACCAGGAUCUCUGUUUCAGAACCAUCAUCUUUCCGUUGUUGAAUGUAGACCUCCUUUCCGGAAGUCACUCGCUGAAGCUGCAAGAUUUGUCACCGGAGGGCAUGAUGGUGGGGAUCCGGGCAUUUUUGGCCAUAAUGUCGGAUCUGGAAAAGGGGGAUGCCGGUCAACCGCCAUUUCCAGUUACCUUUGCGUCGAGUCACUCCGAGAAGAUACCCCCAACAUCCACAUGGUUAGCGAAGAUUGAGGCGGACAAGAAGGAUGGACUCAAAGUGAAGGUCGACCGCCGGUCACAGGCAGUCGCCAUCGACAAACUCGGCGAAACGGCCAAGGAAUACUACGAUCGGUUCUGCGAAGUGCUGGGCAAGAUCAUUGUGCUCUGCGACAGCAACUUUGGGGGCCAGGUUGUUCUGGACGAACGGCUAGCUGGUCAGAAGACCCCCCUGGAGUCCAAAUUUCUCUUUGGCAGCAAGGACGAUGCUCUCACUUCCGCCGAACAGAGCAAGGGGUUCUAUGACUUGCUGUGUGUUGCCAUCGAGGCACUUCCGCGGUGUCUACCUCCGAAUAUACCAUUUCACAAGGUAGUCAGCCUUUUAUGCAAAGGGACGGCGCAUAUCGACCACAGCGUUGCGAUAGCAUCGGCAAAUGCCCUAAAGAGCAUCGCCAGGCAGUACAACUCCCAGCAAGUUAUUAUUGGUUUUGCUCGGUUCAUUUUCGCCUUUGACGAGCGGUAUUCGACAAUUUCCGACGGUGGCAUGCUUGGGAAUACCCACAUUGAAAACACCUUGAAACUCUACAUCGAGCUAUUGACCAUCUGGUUGGAAACGAUCAAGCAGAAGGUCAAACGAUCACAGGAUGCGGCUGUGGCAGCAAUGAAUGACUUGGAUGCAUCUCUGGACGAUAGGGGACUCGGGAACCGUAGUGAGGAACUUGAGUAUUCUAGCGUUCAGGCGUAUGUUGAGGAGAUCGAGUCCAAUGGUCUCUUCUUCCUGUGCUCUCAGUCUCGAGUGGUCAGAAGGUUUGCAAUUAUGGUCCUCCGGCUCAUCACCGAGUUCGAUGCGGUUCUAUCAGAUGUGGAUCCGAAUCAGCCAAAGCCAGGCCAUUCGCGACAGUCGAGCAGGUCUACAGCCAUUGAGAUGUGUCCAAGAGUGAUCCACAUCUUGGAAGGCGACUCUCUCAAUGUUAUGAAUCUCAAUGACGAGAAUCUACCGAUUGCUGAGCGGAGUAGGCUGCAACGCGAGCUAAAAGGAUCGAAAAUGAAGGACGCCUUGGUACACAUGGCGGUCAGUGAUAACCAUUACGACUCUAGCUUAUGGUUCCGUAUCUUCCCUAGCUUGAUUCGGGUCUGUGUCGAGCGUUGCCUCACCACGGUCGUGCUCUGUCGGGAUUUGGUGUGCGGUCGGUUGCUUCAACUGCAUCAAUCCAUUUGCGCUGCCGCUCAGUCGCAUACAGCUCCCGCGGCGGGUCCUUUGGAAAUCGCCCGGCCAGUACUGCGAACACUGCCUCCAACCAGUCCGGAAUUGAUGAUCGAGCAAUGGAAACUAUACCUCAUUGUAGCAUGCGCGACCUUGACUUCGACAGACGGAGAAAGGACAACGCCUCAACCUCACACUCCACAGCACAACCGAAUACCAUCGAAGAACCAGACACCACUGGCUCCAGUUCAUUUGGACCGUAUCACGUCGGCCAGGGCGGUCUUCCAAAUGGUGAUUCCACUAUUGGCCGUUGAUAAUCUAAUGAUCCGGGAGGCGGUGGUUUCGGGCCUUGGGAACAUCAACAUCAACCUAUACAAGACGUUGAUCGAAAGCCUGCAACCUACAGUGCUGAAAUGGGGAACGGAUGAUAAGAGGGGGCGCGGAAUCCACUCACCGAGAAGGAACCGUAGACAGGAUCGGCUUCGCGCUGAGGUUACGCACGUGUUUCAACUGACGUCGCAUUUUCUCCAAAAGGAGGAAGUGUACAAAGACAUCUGGAUUUUGAGACAUAUGGUUGCCUUUAUCAAGGAUAUGAAGACCUUCCUGAACGAUCCGGAGGUUCAGAAUGAUUGGGAGCACCAGAAACUUCGCCGGUACUUCUGCGGGCUCACCGAGGAGUUGUACGAGGGUAUCAAGAGGACUGACAAGCCGGAGGUUUGGCUACCCUUUGAGGGGAGAUAUUCCAUAUUCAUCCUGAUGCAAGACUGGUGUGGUCAUGGACCCAACUACCAGGUGGUCAAGGAGAGGGAGGAUCUGAUGCGGAGGUCUCUCAUGACCCUCCAACGAGACCUUUCGGACCCGGGAACCCUUUCGGCAGCGAUGGAGAUAGAAAAGAGGAAUCUGAAGAUUGCUGCCUUGAGUGCUAUGGCUUCUCUCUGUGCUGGCCCUGUUAUGGAAGAAGUCGGCGCCGGAAGCAAUGCGAUGCUAUCGUUCAAUUUCGACGAGCUUUUCCGAUGGAUCGAGUCAAUCUUUGCAACCCCAAGUGAUCGGACACAUCGGAUCGGUCGAAGGGCACUGAAGAAUAUCCUCUUGCACAAUCAGAAGACUACUCUUCUCAACGAUGCUAUACGCUUGUGCUAUGUCUACGAGUCAUCGUCCAAAGCAACGCAAAGUUACUUUUCGGUCAUUUGCGAAGUUCUCAAAGAGGUCCCGAAUUAUUUGGAUGGCAUAUGGAAGAUCAUGACUCUAUGUCUCUUCAAGCUCGGAGACGAAAAUGCAGAUAUUCGAUUGCAGGCCGCAAAACUGCUCAGAGUUACCGAGGAGGGUGAAUUCGGCAUGUCUCGUGUCCAGGAUUUCGAGGUUUCAAUAUCAGACAAGACGGUGGCUGUGUACAAACGAGCGCAGUUUCAGCUAUCGAAGACGCUUUCGUUGUAUUACUGUAAUCUCGCCGUCUUCGUCUUCUCGGAGCUCACAAUGUUCUUCAAUCUCACGGAAGGCAAGGCACAGCGUGACAUCCUCCAUGCGCUAUUACCCUGGAUCCAACAGAUCGAUCUUACCUUGGAGCCAAGCGGCGAGCUUUCACCGUCAUCAUAUAUGGUUCUCGCCAACCUUUUUGAGAUCACUGUGAAGUUCAGCAGCAAGAUUCAUAGCGAGAUCCAAGCGGUCUGGCAAUCCCUCGCAACUGCACCAUACAUGGGCAACGUUCAGGUUAUCCUUGAUUUCAUCAUCAAUCAAAGCUUAGAGCGCCGCGAACAGAGCUUUGUGGAGUUCGGCAAACAGAUCAUCGUUUUUCUGUCGGAGACUCCGGCCGGGACAAAGUUGGUGGAGGCUCUCGCGAUCUACUUGCAACCUAAGCUCAUGACCAUCGCCAUGCGUGAGCCCUCGCCGAUCCCAGAUGGAUCAAUGUUCCCCUAUGUCGCCAAUUUGAAGGAGGCUGUGCCAGAAGGCGGGAAGCCAACGGGUUUCUCGUAUGGUCAUCUUGCUAUGAUUUUGAUGGUCGACUUGCUGGUUGGACCUGUGCCACAGAUGGCGGACAAACUCACACUUCUCCUGCAAGUCAUCUUUGUGCUGUGGGAUCACUAUGUACCCCUAGUUCAAGAGCAGGCGAAGGAGAUGCUUAUUCACCUCAUCCACGAGUUGGUCAUUCCGGUCCUUCACGAUGAAGAACACCACGAACAACGCCAUGCGACCCUCGAGUUCAUCGAGACAGUCCGGCAGAGGGAUUCCAAAACCCACUGGAGCUACGACGAUAUCUCUUCGAUAGAAGAACGCGGUCUCCGCGUGCCGGAAUCUAUGGAGCAUAUGAUUUCGUCUGUUCUGGAGAUGUUUUCGAUCUUCCCAGAGCUCAAGGGCCAAUGGGGCAAGAUUGCACUUAGCUGGGCUACCACGUGCCCUGUCCGGCACCUUGCCUGUCGAUCAUUCCAGGUUUUCAGAUGCCUUCUCACCUCGAUCGACCACGUAACUUUGGCGGACAUGCUAGCGCGCUUGUCUAAUACUAUCGCAGAUGAUGUGACGGAUAUCCGGAUGUUUGCGAUGGAGAUCUUGAUCACACUCAACGCUAUCGUCUCCGAGAUGGACGGGGAGUACUUGCUGCAGUAUCCUCAGCUAUUCUGGGCAACAGUGGCCUGCCUGGACACGAUCCACGAGGCCGAGUUCAUGGAGGCUCUGAGCAUCCUGGAAAUGCUUCUCGAUAAAGUAGAUCUAUGCGAUCCCGAGAAAGUCGAAUUCAUCAUGGCGGCAUUCCCGCCUAAGUGGGUGGGAACAUUCGAGGGAUUGCAGGCUUUGAUUGACAAGGGCUUGCGCAGCUCCGUGUGCCUAAAACGGACCAUGAGGGUUUUCGACAAGCUCAAUGGAAUCCCUACGAAUGACCUUAUGGGGGGCGAGACUCGAUUGCUGUAUGCGACCCUGGCGAAUCUUCCUCGGUUCUCGCAGGAGAUGGAGGAAGGAACACCGGGGGAAGCUGUUGUGCGCUGCGCCGAAUGGCUCAAGUUACUUGCGGAAGCACAGGAAUCGAAAUCAUUGGCAAGAGUGAUGAGACUCUUCUCUGCGCAGCAAUUCAGGUCACGGAAGGACUUUAUUCAGCAAACCGUCAACGCCUUGAGAGAGACCUUCUUCCCGGAAUACGAAGCUCAGGCCCUCAUCUUCCUAGUUGGACUGCUGUCGAACGAGCUCAGGUGGAUGAAGCUUAAGACUAUGGAGGUUUUGACCGUCGUCGUCCCUUACAUCGACAUGCGGAAGCCCGCUUUCGCCGGUGUCGGUGCAGACCUCAUAUCUCCACUCCUGCGACUUCUACAAACGGAUUAUGUCGAGCAAGCCCUCGAAGUUCUCGACAAAAUGCUUACCAUCUCUGGCGGGCCGAUGGAUCGCCACGUUAUGCGCAUGAGUAUGGGUGGUCGCAACAUCCGCAAGGAGUACGAAAAGACACAGACGCUAUUCGGGGUUCCCGACGAAAGCGGCUGGGCUAUUCCGAUGCCCGCGAUCCACGCCGGCAUGACUAGAGACAAUGUACACGCCGUCUUCUAUACUUGUCAGGAUGCCAUCUCGGCAGAGGAAUCCGGCGUGGACGCACCACAGACUCCCGAUGUCCAAUUCCACAUGGAGGACUAUUCCUACACAUCGCUACCAGAUCGUACGGCGACUAUGCUAUCCGAGGAUGGUCGCGGCGAGGGAGGAUUCAGCGAUACGGUGCUUCGGCUUGGAGAUCUGGACGAGUUCUUUGGUGGCCACGACACAGGCACGUCGACGGACGCGGAAGGCGAAACGGUCCCGCAGCUCUACGAUACCAGGGUGUUUGCCAUCCUCAACACUGCCUCCAUGGUCCGCACUCCAAGCGUCGCUAGCUUCCAGGCGAGUUUCGGCGAAUCAACGCUCUUCCCCUCCUCUUCUACUUCCACGCCCGUAAUACGCGAGCGCACACUCCUUGGCGACGAUAACCGCCCCGGGAUCAUGACACCAACGGCGUUCACAGCGCCUGCGCCGCCUCCGAUCACUGGUGGUGGAGGAAGUAGCACAGCUUUCAGAGGGUAUGCACCUUUCAGACCAUCAUCUAGUAGUGCUGCUGCCAUCCCCCCAUCCUCAUCCAAUCACUCUUCACCGUCGUCUUCUCUGUCAUACCAAAGCAGCAACUAUUUCGGCCAGAACCAGAGGUCAUUGGUUAAACAGAAACUAGGUACUAGUUUUGACGAGGCGGCUGAAGCGUCCGAUCCCGAGAGUUUGCCUGGUGACCUACGGACGGCGACGUCGACGCCGACGAGGGGCAGGAAUAGUCCCGAGAUUGGUAGUGCUGGCAGUGGCGGGAGCAGUGGCGGUGCUUUCCUGCUGGACAAUCUCCUCGACAAGUUGAAAGACAGUAAGAAGGGGAAGCGGAGUGCGUCUCGUGGCGCGUAUGGAAGACCGGAUGUUACUAGUGUUCCGAGAGGCUUUUGAUUGAUGAUUGAUACUUAAUGAUGAUGAUGAUUUGAUGGAUGGGCGAAUGGUGUUCUCUUUUCUGUUUCUGCUUCUGCUUCUGCUUCUGUUUCCGGGUGAUGAUAAUGUUGUCUGAUUCAUGAUUUUGCUUCUUCUGCUUUUGUUUUCUCAACCAUGUAUGUAUGAUGGUCUUGUAGUUUUUCCCAUUGAUAAGAUGAUUCUAGAGGUUGUAAUGCAGAAGCAGUGCGGGAUUUCCUUUCUUCUUUCUUUGAUAGAUAUGGUAAUGGUUUUACGACGGGGGGAUAGAAAGAUGUAGUAAAUAUAACGUCGAC